AUGCCGUCAACCACCGCAGAAACUCUCUCGCUCGUCAACAGGAACGUGUCAGUAGCGCCGUUAGUGUUGCUCUCGGCGACGGAUCACUAUGCUCGCUCAGCAAAGGGCACACGCAAGCGAGUCGUCGGUGUGCUGCUGGGCCAGAAUGAUGGAAAGAACGUGAGGGUAUCAAACAGUUUUGCUGGUACGUUGCCACUGCUCUGCUGUGCGCACGACAUACUGACAGUCGCCUCUCANGUACCGUUCGAGGAGGAUGAAAAGGACCCAUCCGUGUGGUUCCUUGACCACAACUACAUUGAAUCCAUGAACGACAUGUUCAAAAAGGUCAACGCCCGCGAGAAGCUGAUCGGAUGGUACCACACUGGCCCCAAGUUGCGCGCCUCGGAUUUGGAGAUCAACGAGCUGUUCAAGCGCUACACACCCAACCCUCUUCUCGUCAUCAUUGACGUCCAGCCCAAGGAUGUCGGCGUACCAACCGAUGCCUACUUUGCCGUUGACGAGAUCAAGGAUACAUUCGUUCACACGCCCUCAACCAUCGAAGCAGAAGAAGCAGAAGAGAUUGGAGUUGAGCACCUGCUCCGUGAUAUCCGUGAUGUUGCCGUCGGCACUCUCUCGACUCGCGUGACAUCGCAGUUGCAGUCGCUGCAAGGCCUGCAUCACCGUCUGCAAGACAUUGGUAGAUACCUCGACAAAGUUGUUGACGAAGAACUCCCGGUCAACCACGCAAUCCUCGGCAAUCUCCAAGACGUCUUCAACCUCCUUCCCAACCUCUCCACCCCCAAGACCGCAGGCGCCAUCGGCCUUGCUGGCCCCCAAGCAGCCGGCGACUCCGAGCUUGCCCGUGCCAUGAGCAUCAAGACCAACGACCAGCUUAUGUCCAUCUACCUCGGCAGUUUGAUUCGCGCCAUCACCGCCUUCCACGACCUCAUCGAGAACAAGGUCCAGAACAAGCAGCAAGCUGAUGACAAGGAGCAAAAGAAGGAGGAGGACAAGACAAAAGAAACCAUCAAGAAGACUGAGAACCUCAUGUUGAAUGGCGAUGCUCCUGCCGAGCAGCAAGGAAAGGAUGACAAGUCCAAGAGUCCCAAGGACGAUAAGAAGAAGGGAUGA